GGUUCGUUCAGUUGGUUGCCUCACCGCCGUAAACUGCAGCUGGCCGCCUGUUAAACAAGUGGGAAGCGAAGAUACUAAGGGGGAGGGAGGUUUAGUUGGAAAAGUGAUGCGCCGCGGGUUCGGUGCUUUGGGAGACCUCGGCCGGAGAUUAAUAUUUCGCAGUGUUUCCCUGAGGGGAACCGAGUCGCCGAAUUAUGGCCGGGCAAGAGCUUCAACCCGUGGCCCUGAUCAGAGAGAGCCCAGUGCAGAGAUUUCAGACUUUCGGCCUCCGGUGGACUCGCAUUUUGACUGGGUUGGCCCUCCGGAUAGGUUUUCAAACCUAAGGUGCGUAAAGUUUUAUAUUCCAAAGAAUGAAUCCAAGCUGGAACAGCAGCUGAGAAAGUUAAGAAUAGACACACAGAAUUGGAACCAGAAAUUUUGGUCAAAUCAGAACAUAAUUUUCAACAAGGAAAAAGAAGAGUUUAUACACUUGCGUUUGAAAGCAAAGGGAUUGGGGUUAAGAGAUGAAGAAGGGAGGAAAAACAUUUUGACAGCAGAAGAAAUGGCUGAAUUUUAUAAGAAGUUUCUUAAUACAAAUUAUAAAAAACAUGUGAACUACAACAAGGAAUGGUACAGACGUAAUUUUACUAUUACGUGGUUAAUGGGUCGUACAGUAUUGCAAAAUGCUUGGAGAAGACUGAGACAGAGGAAGGAAAUCAAACAAUGAAGAUCUCAUCCUGGAAGUUUAAUCUUUUUAUUCAGUAUUCAGUAUUUCUUUAAUAUCAUUUUCACUGAGUACUCGCAUACACAGAGGAAAUGAAAAAACGUUGCUCGAUCAGUUUUAGAAUUGGAAUUUAAUAGUGCUGUGAAAGUAUUUAAGUAUUGGUGAUACUCUGUCACUUUGUGAAUAUGCUGUUGUGUUGUGAUCAAAAUGUUCUGUAACUUGCAUUAGAUAAACACAAUGCUUUGUUCAGAGU